AUGCGCGGGUACGGGUUGCGGUUUACGCGAGACGCCGCGAGAGGCGAGACGGUGCUGGAGUUGCGCGGACCGCGACAGUUGAUCACCGCGCAGUCGUGCGCGCGAACGCCGGCGUUGGCGGAGUUGGCGAGGUAUUGGCUUCUCGUGCAGUCGUCGGCCGCGGUGCGAACGCUGGUGUCGAGGCAGGAAUUGAGACAAUGGCGAAGAACGCGUCGCGCGAGGGCGCUGGCUCCGUGGGCGAAAAAGGAAGAUUUUGAAGGCGACGGGUACGUCAUCGAUCCGACGAGCGAACAGUUACACUUGACGCUCGAUGAAACGUUGUUGUGUUGCUUUCUCGCGUUGGAGAAGAAAAAGGGUAAAAGUUCGUCGCAUUACGAGUAUUUGAGCAAGUUGCCGACGCUCGAAGAGUAUCAAGCCUUCAUUCCGGCGUACCUCCCGAUGCCUUAUUUCGUCAAUUUAUUCGGAUACGGCGAAAGCAAAGCGGCGUACGGGUACGAGCCUCGGUGCAACGCCGACUUACGUUGGCUGAUUCUCGAGCGUCACCGAAUCGAGCGCGCGGUUGAGCUUACGUAUAGUCAAAUUGUGUCCCAGGUGACGUAUGGAAACUCGUCCAGUCGAGGGCCAACGGGCUCCAGGGGCAAUGAAAUCACGGCGGGGGAGUUUCGGUGGGCGUAUGCGGUUGUCAUGUCGCGUUCGUUUCAGUCGCCGAACCCGGUUUCGAAUGAUCCAUGGCGAGACAUGUUUCGAAGAAUGGACUUUUGCGGCAUCUUCAUGGCUCCCGGAAUGGACUUUGCCAAUCACAAACGACCGCGCGAGGUGUCGUACGUUUCUUCCGACGGCUUCAACGGAAACGGGCAAGUCACGAUGAAGGCGCUUCGCAAUUUUAAAGCCGGCGAGUUCUUGCACAUCACGUACGGAGCCAAAGGGAACACAGAUUUGCUCUUGCGAUACGGGUUUUGUUUCAAGGAGAACGUCGAGCCGGACGGCUCGAGUAACGAUCGGUUUCGCGUCGACAAGGACGAUUUCAGACGAUUCGUGUGCGGCGCGGACGACGAGGGAGCUGUAAAGCAUCAGGAAAUCAUGCUACAGCUGGCGACUACGGCCGAUUACACGUACAAGCCGUUCGUCGAGCUUCUCGACGUGGCGCGAGCGCACUUCGUCGAGGCUGAGCCAAUUUUACUAGCCGACCGCGAAGACGCCGCGCCCACUCGAGACGACGAUGUGUGGGAUCAAGAAGAGGAUGUUUUCGCAGCGAACGGAACAGAUACUGAGGACGAGGAAGAGUACGUCGCGAUGUACGGCGCCGACGAAGAGUCGCUCAAAACGGACUCGUACGACGGCGACGUCGUUUCGCGCGACAAGCACUCGGCGCGCUUGCGCGUCGAAACGAAAGCACUUCGCGCGCUAUCCGAAUAUCUUUCGACGCUCCAGUUGGUCGAACCACCCGAACACGCCGACGCGCUCGCUUUGGGCAAAGCCGACGUCCGCGAGCUCACGUCGUACUCGCACCUGCGCGAGCUCGCGCGAAUUUGGCGCGCGUCCAGACGACGCACGCUCGACGUCUACGCCCUCGCCGCGCACACCCGAGCGGAAAGCUUACUUCGAGACUUCGACUCCGCCGACACGCGUCGCGGGCCGUCGAGUCCGACGGCGCGCGCCGAGUUGACGCCGACGCGCGCGCAACUCCUCGCCUCUCGCGCGCUCGUCGCGCGUCUCGCCGACGCCGCCGACGCGCGCGUCGCCGCCGACGCCCUCGCCACCGCUCGCGCGCGCGUGUUCCGCGCCACCGCCCUCUGGGACUCGGCGCGCGAGCUCCACGGGCAUCCUUAA